GUUCGUGGUAUUGCAAAUUAAAAAUAAGGCGUCGUUAUUCAAUAAUAAUGUUGUCAAAGAUUUUGUUCGAUAAGUUUCUCUGUAGGAUUAAACGUGUUGCCGCUAAUCACGUGUAUAUGUAUAUUUCAGUUUCGAAUUAUCAAGAAUCAGAAAUCAAGACAUCGUUCUCACGGAAUUAUCAAGAUCUUUCGAGUCAUAGAAACAUAUAUAUAAAGUUUUUUUGAACACCACUAAUUCCAGACUAGGUAGAAGUAAAUAAUCAGAUUACUCUUCUACAUGAGAAAAUAAGUCAGAAAUGUAGAAUAAAAUUUAUUCACAAGACGGUUUGUUUCCGAAAAAAAUAAAUUUGCAAAUUUAUCAUAUGUGUACAUUAGGACAACUCUUAAUUAAUACUAAAACUACCACACCAGUCAAAAUGACUGGUUUGACAACUUUAUUUUAAAAUUCUUACUUCAUGUUAUAUUUUUUUUCCGCAAUGAUGCAGUGAUUUUUGCAGGGAUAGCUAAAGGAAUAAUAUAAUAAACUUUAAUUUUGUUUUAUUCAUUUAAAAUAAAAGUACAGUCGUUGGAAUAAGACCUGAUUUCUCAUUUUAUAAAACAAUAUUUUACAAGCCUUGAAAAUAUGUAAACAAUUGGAAGCAUCCAAAUCGUUGCAAAAAUUGAAAAGGAUUUCAAUGGAAUGCUCUGAUAUCGAGGAUAAUGAAUUCUCUGAGUAUGAAGGAAGUGAACCAGGGGAAAAAGAAAUUGAAAUUUGUAGUGAUAAUAGUAACAGUGACAUUAAUGACAAAGCAACUGAGUCCUCAGAAAGUAAGCCAGAGAACAUUUUGCCAGAGAACGUUCAAAUUCUAUUUUCUUAAAAAUUUGGAACUAUCAGGAAACGGAAAUCAAGACAUCAUUCUCACGAAAUUGUCAAGAUCUUUUGAGUCAUAGAAACACGUAUGUAAAAUUUUAUUAAUCACAUUACGUUUCAAAUCAAUGUAAAAGUAAUAUCAUAAUGAUACAGUAAAGAAGAAAAUAGUUAACGGAAGUAUCUUAAUGUAAAUAUAUUUGUAUGUUACUAAAUAGUGUAUUUCACUAAUCUGUUUUGGGUACUUUAACCUAACCUAAACAUAGUAUUCAAUGGAAGCGUAACAAGUGAUUUAAAUAAAUUUCAUUUGAAAAAUAUAAGUUUAAGUGACUUAACAACGCCUUCAGACACAUUUAUAAACAUGAUACAAAGAUACAGAAAUGCAAUAUGUAUUUUUGGGAAGUAUAUGCAGAAUAAUCUACCAGUAAUGUUAGGUCCUAUUAAUUAUCUAGUUCCUAAUGACAGUUCUCAACAAGUCAGAAAUAUAAAGAAACAUUUCAAUCAAAAGUAUCGCAAAGAAAGGGGAAAGAAAGUCAUUAAAAUAAAAUUACCUACAUUUGAUGAUGAUGAUGAUAAUACUAACAGUAAGCUAAGAACAAAGUUGAAAGAAGCUGGAAUUCUACCACAAAAAGAGUGGUCUGAAAGACCAGUUUUUAUUAGCUGUACACCUACAAUAUUUGAAAGUUACAUUGCUCCAGAAGGUGAUGGAAAAUUUUCUCCCAUUAGCACUACGGGUGCGAAACAAAAGUUUGAAUUUAUACAAAAAAAGAGUAAAUCUUUUAUGGACCUUAGAAAAAUUAAGUCAUAUGAGGACAACUAUUCAUCUGAUACAUUUAGAGAAAACCUAUUAAAUAUUUAUAAAAAAGCACACGAAGCUUUAUGUCGUAAAGAUCAAGAUGAAAUACUACAAUAUGUUACAGAAACUGCAUAUCCUUUACUGAUACAUAAUGUUGAGAACAAAACAAUUGUAUGGAAAUUUUUGGAAUCUUUGGAGCCAGCACGUAUCGUACAUGCUAGAGUAACAAAUCUGAUUACAAAGAGCAAUUUAUUUGCACAAGUCACUAUUCGUUUUCAUACUCAACAGCUUCUCUGCAUUUAUGAUCGAUUUGGACGAGUGUUAUUAGGUAGUGAGACAGUGAGGAAAGAUGUUUUGGAUUAUAUAGUAUUUGAGAAACAUAUAUCCAAUGUAUAUGGUACUUGGCGCAUACACGGGAAAAUUAUACCAAAUUGGCUAACACCGAAAGAAAUAUCGACAUCUACUUACAUCUUGCCAAAGAAAAAGGAAGAAUCCUCAUCAUCUGAUAGCGCUGUUGAAUCGGUUGCUCAAGUGGUACCGCCAGAAACUGUAGGUGAACAGCAUACUGAUGCAAAACCAUAAUAAUUGUAUUUCAUGUACAAAUUCCAGUUAUUAAUUGAUGAAUAAAAUACUUUUAAAACAAAA